AUGCUCUUGGCAGCUUCCAGCAACUAUUUCAAGGGGCUUUUCCUGCAUGAUGAGAUGCUGGACACCAAGAGUUGCACAGUGACUCUGCAAGACAUUUACACAGAAGAGUUCACCUCCUUCCUGGAGUUUGUUUACACUGCAGAAGUGGAGAUUGAAGCAGAAAAACUGCAACGGAUGAAAGAAAUAGCCGAAAGACUCGAAUGCAAGGAUUUGCUUGACAUUUGUGAAGAAGUGAAAGCAGAGGGCAGGAAGGGAUUAGAUUUGAGCCUCCAUCUGAAAGGUCAGCUGCGCGAAAAUGGUGGGCCACAGUGGACUCGCAUCCAGCAAGAGGAGAACCGUAAACUGAGUAGCUCUUCCCAAGUUGUGGCAAUACCCAUGCAGAGGAAACUUUGGGAUAGGCAAAAACAUAAAAAGUUGCUGGCUGGCUACAAACUCAUUGAAGGCCAACCAGCAAGCCUGGAGCCAGAGGACACUGCUUUUCCAGAGCCAAAGUCCAGGACGGCAAAGCUACCGAAAUGUCGCAAGACAGAUACCAGAAACAGACUCGGCGUGGAUAUUGUUAGCCUGGAAAAUGAGAACAGCCAUCCUCUCCUAAGUCAGGCUGAGUCAAAGGAGGCCUGUGUAGUAAUUGGGAACGCGCUGCCUGAGCAGUGGGAAGAUGAAAACAGUUUAAUUUCCAAAUUUACCAGUAAAACGGAACGUAGGAAAUCACCCCGGCACGUGGCAAAAGUCUUGCCGCGGAUGGAGUGUGAGAAGUGCAACGAAUCGUUCCGUGUUAUCAAGCAGUACCAGUCGCACAUGGAGCUCAAGCAUGACGUCAACCUGGCUGUCAAGUACAGCUGUACUACGUGCAAGCAGCUCUUCUCCACUCACCAGAACCUCCGGCAGCACCACCUCACCGUUCACGGUGAUGAGUGGGGCUUGUCCUGCGUCUUUUGUGACAAGAGGUUUAAGCGCCAGAAGGACAUAAAUGACCACAUCCGCAGGGUGCAUGAGAAGAAGCGGGAUCCCCAGGCGUGCCCGUACUGCGACAAGGUCAUCAGUUCCAAGUGCGGCCUCACGGUCCACAUGCGAACGCACACCGCGGAGAAACCUUAUAAAUGCGAACGCUGUCCCGCCAGCUUUGCUCAGAGGUCUGCUUACAAUUCUCAUGUAAGAAAAGUCCAUGAGUCUGGGCAAGAGAGGAAACUUAUGCCUGUCUAUUGGAUGGUAGUUCCGCCUGCACACAGACCAAAUGCAACAAGCUGUGACGGAGAUCCUGACAGAGAGACAUGGAAUGGGACAUCAGAGGCUGAACGACAAAAGCGUGCGAGGCACGAAGAGGCCGCAAGUCGUGAGGAAGAACCCGGGGAUUCAUCUGUUAACAAAGCAGACUGUAGCAAUGAGCAAGAAGAACGGAAGCGGAAAUAUAAGGAAACUGAAGCAAGAAGUGAAAAACUGAGUGAAGAAGGGAAUGAAGAUGAAGGUGAAAUGAGCAUGAAGGGAGAGGAGGAGGUAGAUUACAAAGCAGGGUAUUUGGAGGUGGAAGAUAGUAGAGAUAAUGAGGAGGUCUGUACUGAGGAGGAUGAUGAGGAUGAUGAAUACUGUAAUGAGAAGGAUGGUGAAGAACGUGAAUCAGAUGAAGAGUUUCAAAUAAAGAAAGUAAAUAAAAGCGGGGUGCAUAAGAAAUCUGCCUAUGUAAUAACGUGUGAGAAGUGUAACGAGCAGUUUGUUUCCCGGAAGAAGUAUGUGGAUCACUGCAGAGAUGUCCAUCAGUGCUUGCCUGGUAAAGUCUAUCAGUGUGACGUCUGCAGCAAGUCGUUUGCUAGUUACAACAGCUGGAAGGAGCAUCGAGCGUGUGUCCACACUGAAGAAAGGCAGUUUGCCUGCACCCUUUGCAAUGCUACUUUUAAAAGAAAGAGAGAUGUGAGGACGCAUUAUAUGCGGAAGCACGAAGGCAGAGUCAAACGCCCUCUCUGCUCUGUCUGCGGGAAGAUCCUCAGCUCCCGAACAGCACUGGUGUUUCACAUGCGGACGCAUACAGGAGAAAAACCUUACGAAUGUGGCAUUUGUCAAUCAAGAUUUGCUCAGCCAUCGCAACUUAAGAUCCAUACCAGGUCCCAUACAGGGGAAAAGCCGUAUAUUUGUGAGGACUGUGGGGCUUGCUUUGCUGAUAAAGGCAAACUCACCGGCCACAAAAGGACCCACACAGGGGAGCGCCUUUUUAAAUGUGAUGUGUGUGGAAAACAUUUUGCUACCAACGAAUAUUUAAAAUGCCACAAACGAUGCCACAUGGGCGCUAAGCCCUACAAGUGCGAGGUUUGUGGCAAGACGUUUGGACUGAGAGCCUCGCUAGCCCAGCACAGUAAUGUCCACGCAGAGACCCGUCCGUAUUUCUGCGAACAGUGCGGGAAAACGUUCACCCAACAGGGCGCUCUCCGUCGCCACCAGCGCAUUCACACCGGGGAAAAGCCGUACAAGUGCAGAGCUUGCGAGAGAACCUUCACCGACAUGUCCACCUUGCGCAGACACGUGUCGAUUCACGACCGGAAUGCUCACUGGAGAAGUUUCUUAAUAGAUCUUACAACCAAAAAAGACCAUAACUGGUCUAAAAUAGAAACGUUCUCGGACGCCUGCAUGGGUGAAGGCUCUGCGCCGGAAAUUUGGUCGGUUGACCAAG